UUAAAAAGUUUCAAUCAUAAUAAUUAAUUAUCUUCCAUAUGUUUUCAUUAAAACUUGUCAAGUUUAGUGUUUUUUUAUCUUAUGUGAUUUUAUAUACAAAAGCACAAAGAGCUACAAAUAAACAAAUAGAUCAGUUAGAUAAGUUAUUAUUGUAUUCGGGAUGGAAAAAUUUAAAUGUUGUGAAAUUUGUAAAAUAUAAUUGUAAUAAAUAUCACCUUGAAAAUCUAAUUAAAACACCUACACAUCGAUCUCUAUGUAUGAAAAAGGUGCGAGCUUUGACUGUACAUCUUGGAUGCACAUAUGCUAAAGUUAUAAAUAAUCUUUUUUCAAGUAUUAUUAAUGGCCUAUCGAUUUGUACGAAAAAUAAAAAAAGAAUUUACAUUUGUACGGAAGGAUUCAUAAAAAUAAUAACUCUAUUUAUUGUUCCAUUAGCAACAUUGAUGAAAGGUGCAUUGGAUGCUUUAGAUUCAAUACAUAGUUUACCAUGGGCUUAUUUUAAAAAAAAUUACUACAAUCACUACAUAAUGAGUCCUUUGCUGGAGAGAAUAGGAGAUAUUCUUGACAAAUUAAACGAACGAACUCUAUCACGUUAUGAUUUAUCUACCUAUUAUUGGGCAUUUGACACUAUAUAUUCAUUUUCUAAAAGCAUAAUAAAAGAUUUAAAAAACGAAACUGAUUCAUAUUGUGAAUUUGUACCUUAUAAUCAGUAUUAUUUAUGGAAUCAAUGGGCUCUAGAUUAUAGAGCCAUUUAUCAACAGGGUGAUAAAUUAAAAUUUUUUAAGUUCAUCACCCGAAAAUUUAAAGAUUAUAUCAAGUCAGUAAUUAUAGAAAAUUAUUUUCAACUAGGAUUUAAAUUUGAUCCAAUUACUGAAGAAACAUUUGUACCAACACCCGAGGAUCUAAUUAUACAAGAAUUGGAACUUAAAGCAACAGAGGAAGAACCUCCAACGCUAUUAGAAAUAGAAACUCAUUAAAUGUUGUAAUAAAAUACAUUUUUUUCUACAUUAUUGUUAUAUAAUUAAUCACAAUUUACUUUAUUACUUAGUAAUUCUAUAAAUUAUUAUUAAAAUAUAAACAUGAAUUGUAUAUCCUACAAUUAUUUUUUGGUUGUACACACAAAGAGUGUAAUAUAAUAUUGAUAUUAACAAUUAUAAAAACUCAGCACAGGGGAGUCGCGGACCAGUGGUGACAGGGUAUAGUUGGGUUAACUAUAAUGAUAUCUGAAUGUGAUUAAAAUCACUGUCAUAAAAAAUAUAUUUAACAUAUUAAACAACGAAUAAGCAACAAUCAAUCGCGUUCGAACCAUUGUAUAAAUAUAUUGUGUUACGACUUAUAAGUGAUUUUACCUUAAUACAAUUAAUGUAUCAAUUAUAAAUAAUUGUAUUUCUAAAUUUAAGAACCGUUAUAAAUAUAUAUAUUGU